CUAUGAUUUUAUUUAGAAGCCUGAUUGUUCAUACACCUAAGGAUUAAAGUGAAAAAAUUACGUGCCAAAGGUUCAUUAGCUAUAUUUUUUAUAAAUGCAUAUAUUUGUAAUCUCGAUGUUAAUUGAUUAGCUACUGUAAAUUUUUUGUAAAAAUUGGUAUAUAUUAAUUUUAUUAAAGUGAUUAUUUGUAUUACAGAUGUUAACUAAACUUGAUUGCACAACAUGAAGAUCUUGCUAUUUUGGUCAUCCUUAUUUGGUGUAUCAUGUGUUUUGUGUGAUAUUAUAUCUGACGUGACAAAUGAUGUUGGUCUGAGUAAUGUGGAAGGGAUUAUUGCUGCAUAUGGCGAUUUUAAUUCGGACAAAACAACAGAUAUAUUUGUCAUUUCAAAUCGUGAGACAAAGCUGAGUCUUUAUCUGUGGCAAGUAAAGAAGUUGAAAUUUGAAAAAAGUGGAGAUGUGGAUUUAACUGUGGGAUCUGAUAGUAAUAUAGUUGGGAUUGCAUUGGCUGAUUUUAAUGGAGAUGGUAGCAUGGAUGUUUUGCUGUCAACUAAAAAGAAAAGUUCGACAGAAACUUUCGUUGAAGUAUAUUUUGGUGAUAGAAGAAAGCUGAAGAAAGGAAACUUGGAUGCUAAGAUGCUUGACCAACCGCUGGUAAUGGAUGUCAACGGAGACUUAUUUCCAGAUUUAUUUGGUGCUAAGGAGGAUGGUACAAGGUCCUAUUGGCUGUAUGUUCCCAACAGUGGUUUUCAUCUUCAACCACAAGCAGACAAUUAUACCACAUUAGCUGUUCCUAACACCAAUGCAUUUGUUGAUGUUACUGGGGAUAUGCACCCAGAUUUGUUGGUGAAAUCAAAAAGUGGAAGUAACAAUGAACUGAUGUUAGAAAGAUGGGAACAAAAACAGGAUAAACAAGAUUUUUCUCUGGUUCACACAUUUGUGAUAAAAAUACCUGAUGAUCCAAAGCUGUAUGGACAAAUGUCUUAUGCUGACAUUGAUGGUGAUGGACAUUUAGAAAUGUUGCUACCAGUAUGUGGAAGUAAUGAUUGCGCAGAUUCCAGGCUUUAUGUACAUCAUUUUAAUGGCGAAAAUGAUAAUGGCAAUUUGUCUUUACUGAUAAACAACAAAAACCAUGAUUGGAAAUUUCCUGUCGAUCAAAUGCAAGUUAAUGCAAAACAUCCAUUUACACUCCGUUUUGGUGACGUUGACAGCAAUGGCAAAGUUGAUGCUGUAACUGUUCUCCAAAAAAAAACUGGGGAUAGAAAAUUUAUAUCAUAUUUGAUGAAUUCACCAUGCGCAGAUGAUAGACAGUCUGGAUGCAGCGGAAGUCGGACUUUUACUGUUCACGAAUUAGAGAAUCAUUCUGCCAAUUUACCGCUGACUGUUAGCUUUUUGGACGUAUUUGAGAAUGGUGCUCUAGAUUUUGUUGUCACCUGUCAAAACGCGGCUCGUGCUGACACUUUCUAUACAAAAAUCCUUAAAAAUGAAUUCAAUUUGGAUACUGCUUUUCUUAAAGUAGCAGUUUUAUCUGGACUAAAAAACACUGCGUCUUAUGGUGCUAAUCAAGUUGGGGCCAUGAUUGGAAUGACAACAACGAAUACCGAUGGAAACAGAAUCCAUGCAAAGGGUGUGCAAAUCAGUCAGACUGCUUAUUAUGCAUUGCAAUUACCAUAUAUUGUAUUUGGUCUUGGCAGAUCACCUAAUUUUGUUGAAGAAAUUAUAGUUGGCUUGCCUAAAGGUCCACAAAAGGUCGACAGAGUGAAAAGUUGGACUGCCAUUAUUCCAAACGCACAAGUUAUUGUUAUACCCUAUCCAAAAGACAAACCAUCCGAAUGGGUGACCAAGCUUCUUGUUACACCAAGUAAACUUCUUUUGCAAACCGGGGGUGUAUUAAUUGGAACCUGUUUGUUAAUCGCUGGUAUCAUUUUAAUACUUCAUAUAAAAGAAAAGAAAGAAGAUGAAAGAGAGAAACGUAAAGAAUCCCACAAAUUUCAUUUCGACGCUUUGUGAAAUAGAAUUAAAUGGUUCUUUAACAACAUUAACAUCAUUAUUACUGUCAGCCUAGACACAAGGUGGACGUAUAGAAUCCAUUGUCUUAUUGUGCUUCUGUUUGUGGAUCACAUUGUCAUCUGAAAAUGAAGACCGAAAUAAUAUUUUAUUGUUAACAUUUGGUUGUAUUUAUCUUUGUGUUAAACUAUGUUGAUAAACUCUCUUGAUUUGUGCAACUUGUUGACCAACUCUAAUCCGAAGUUGUACGUACACACAUAUAUAUCACACAUGUAUCAAUAUCUAGUGAUGCAUUACAAUUUUUUUAAUUUACACAUUAUUCAGCGGGGUUUUUUGUUUGUGUUGUUUUGCCAUAGCUGGUAACUUUGAAUCAGAAGAAAUGUCUUUAUUAUAUAUUGAAUCAAAAGAAAUGUCAGUUAUAUUCUAUUAUAUUUUAUUUACACAUCCUGUUGCUCCAACGAAGCCAGAGUUUAUCGUACUAUGUGUACAUAUGAUCGCACUAUAUUAUCUUUAGUUGUGAUGACUUUUAUGUAUCAAUUUAAAAUAUGAAAAAUAGAUUUAAUUUUUGUUUGCUUCGAUUUAAAUUUUCAAUUUACUUUGUUUAUAUAUUUUCUUCUUAAUGUCAUGCAAGCUAGGAUUUGUUUCACAAUUUUUUUUCUUCGCAAAAUAUACCUUAUUUUAAUAUUUAUUUAUUAUUUUUUUCAUUAUUAAAGAGAACAUUUAUUUAUUACAAAUAUUAGUGCUUGUACAAAUUCUCAUUAUGUAAAGAAGUGAAGCAUUUAAUGA